UCCGGACCAGGGGGCGUAGGUUUGACCGGCUUCUGGGAGGCUUCAGACACAAUGAACCGUCAGACGGUGAGCGGCACGCACGUUGGGCCGGAGGCUUUGGCACAAUUUUAGCACACUAUUACUCUAAAAUUGUGCCUUUUUUUCUUUUCUAUAACUUGGUCUUUUGUCUACCUCCUGAUAGCCCGCAUGGCUGUAACGAGACUCAACUGGAAACGUCGAGUUUGAUGAGAACAGUCCGGCUCUCAGACUCCAGACGACCGUUAGUGAGUUAGUUCACCUCCUCUCUCUCUGGCGGAGCUUUGUCGUUAUUUUUUUACUAGAUAAGCCAACAGAUAACAAUGUCGUUGACUGCUUCGUCUGAUUACUUCGCCGCCGAGUGUUUAGUCUCGAUAUCCAGCGGUCCUGUGCUCCACAGACCCACCCCGGUGGUGGUGGUGGCCGCCGCCGCCAGCCAGCCGGCCACGCUGGGCCUCCUCUCCGGGGAGAGGGAGCCCGACGUGUCGAGCGAGGACCUGGAGGUGCGGGAGGCGCUGCGGCUGGAGGGGGCCAACAUGAUGGCGGUGGCCGGCAUCCUCACCGACCUGCACGGCAAGUUCCGCCCCAUGUCGGCCUACUCGGAGAGCAGCAACUCCUCGUGUGGUGGGGAGAGCGGCUACACCACGUUGUCUGACCCGACCACCCCGACCAUGACCCCCUCCGCCACGCCGGUGCCCGGCCAGCAGAGAGGAGGAGGAGGUGGUGGAGCUCCACGGUCUCCGGUGAAGCGACAUCAGUGCACUUUUAACGGAUGCGACAGAGUUUACGGGAAAUCGUCGCACCUGAAGGCACACAUCCGGACACACACAGGUGAGAGGCCCUUCCCGUGCACCUGGCCUGAAUGCGAGAAGAAGUUUGCCCGCUCUGACGAGCUCGCCCGCCACACCCGCACCCACACCGGGGAAAAACGCUUCCUGUGCCCACUGUGCGACAAACGCUUCAUGCGCAGCGACCACCUGAUCAAGCACGCCCGCCGCCACCCUGACUUCCAGCCCUCCAUGUUGGGCCGCAACAAGGGCGCAACCUCCUCUCCCAGCCUGGCCGGCGUGCACCAUUAGGAUGGUUUGGGUUUGGAGGGGUCGGGUGGGGGGGCUCCUGGCAGGAGCACAGAAGGUCACAGCAGUUUCAAGUUAACCAGCUACAAUCAGAUCCACUGGUUAGGAUUUAGCAUUGCUGUGUCAUAACACACACAUACACAACACACACAAAGCUGGAUGUGAGGGCGGAAGCAGCUUCACCCCUCCAUCAACACAGAUGAGUCAUGUGACCACUAUCCACCUGCUCGACAUAACUAGGGUUGGGUAUCGAGAACGCUCCAAAUCUAUAAGAAGUGGGGAUUUCGUUAAGAAAUGUGCUUUUCGAUUCCACUUAUCGUUUCCUGAAAGCUAAGUUUGGACCUAUGCACGUCAUUUACAUCGCCGGUUACACGUGUAUCAAAGGACGUGUAUAAUGUUUACAACAUGACGGACUGGAGCUAGCAUUCAAAAGUGCGGCUACGCGUCACAAAAGACAGUAACGAUGCAGUGAAAUGUAAUCACUGCAUGAAAAUAAAUACAUACAAGGGAAGAAAGUCUGUCUAAUACGACAACACAUUUACUAUAGAAUGGUUUAAGAAUGCAGCAUUUUUUGAUGUCCUGUGUCAUGACAUAGGGAAAUUAAAUGAAACGUUUUUAUAGAUCCCAUAACCAGAUGGGAAUGUCUGUUUUUGGUUAUUAAUCCACUCAAUUAAUUACAGGACAAAUCAAGGUACUUCAUCACAUUGAUGCAAAACUUCUGUAUAACCAGUUACACCAUAAAACAGUCCUGCUCAUUGCCUAAUAUGACUAUUAUUAGGCUUUAAUGCGCCAGAAAGCAAAAUCAAAUGUAAAGCCAUUCAACUUGGCACAACAGAGAAUAUUUAUAUUUUUCUUUUGUUUUUAACCAAAAACAAAAUCUUUAAAUACUUCGUCAUUUAUUGCAUGUUUAUGGCAGCCGAAACCCUAUGAAAAUAAAUGUGUUUUUUACUUUCAACAUACUUUGUUUUCUUUUCUCACUCAGGAUUCGAUCAGAACGGGAAUCAUUAAGCAGAUUUGAAUCGAUAAAAUGAACCCAACCCUAACAAUAACCUCAUUUUCUCAAACACUCUCACAAAUUUGCAGGGAUUUUUCACAUUUUCUGUAAAAAUCUGCACAUCCAUCAUCAGCCAAAACUCCUCUGUUUUCUUGUGGUUAAUUUGUAAAUUGUUAUUGUGCUCUUCAGUACCUUUUAUUUACCAUGAGUAGCACAAAGUUGUGAUGUUAGGUAGCGAGGCGUUGACUAGAAACCUUUUUAGAUUUUUUUUUUUUUUUAGCUUUGCUGAUUCCAUAUAAAAGUUUUAGUGGUGACACAUUCCUUCAUUUUUUUUAUUGCAUUGGUAACCAUCAUUGAGGCAAUUUUUUAAUUCUUUUCUUUAUAUCCAAUUUAAGUAUAGAUCAAAUACUGAUUUUGCCAGAAAGUGGAUCAAACUUCACUGUAGAAGAGCUGUUUGCACGCCAUCCUUAAGCCUAGAUCAGUUAUCACCCGUGAAACGCGGAAACAUAAUACACAGUAGUAUUAUGUCUAAUACUGAUGCAAAUGUAUAUAUGCUUUAAGCUUUUAAUGUAGAUAAAUGGUGAUGCUACUAGCAGCAGAAUUAAUACUUGUGAUGAAUUGUAGUCCUUAUAUUAGGGGUAACAGUAUACUCUUUGAUAGGAUGGCAUUGCCCGUGAGUGUCGGUGUGUAUGUGUUUUUUAUUUACAUUUUUUGUUAGCGACAGAACUGGUAAAAGUGUGUAUGCAAUGAUGUCAAAAAUAUUUUUGGGGGAUAAAAGAUGACACAAGUCGAGCUUGACUUUCAGCCUGCUGCCUUCAAAGUAAAAGCGUUUAUCCCACUCGUCAGGGGUGUGGAGCCAGACGGCAGAACGCGUUUCAGGAUCAGGUUUUCCAGGUGUUACAGUACACAGUUUGAGUUUCAGCAGCAGAUAAAGCAGGAGUCUUACAUGAAAUGUUGAAAAAAAAUCCUGUUAUAACUAUCAGUGUUAAUUGAAAUUGGUCUAAAACUACUACUACUACCCUGCUCCCAUUCAGGAAAGCUAAUACCAGUAGACCUUUAUUGAGCUGCACAUUUUACUUGUCACUAGGUGCAAAUAAUAUAAAUAAUACGUUAAUGAUGGCUCUAUUCUAUUUAGGUGCGUCAUUGAACAAGCAGGCACUUGUGAAUGAGGUGCAGCCAUUUAUAAUACUAUUCGUUACACCUGUGUGACAAGUCAAAAUGUCAACUGUGAUAAAGAUAUGUUACUAUGUUGGAAAAACAAACGAGGAUUUGUUAAGAACCCGUUCAGUACAUUUAAGAAAACUGGCACCUAAAUAUUCCUACAUGCCAAAAAAAAGUCAAUAAUCCUCCCGUGUUUUUCAGGAAAUAUAACAUUCACAAUCCAGGUCUGAUUAUAGAGAGGUUGAAUCUUUUUUUGUGUGUGUGUGUAAUGUUUCCACACUGUUUGUCCAGCUCAUGGACAUAUUCCUUUAUCUCAGUGAACAACACUUAAAGCCUUAAACUAUGUCAUAACUACUUUGCACCAUGUUUACAGUUGGAUCAAUGUAUAGGUAUAUAUGCCCUCCCGAGGGCUCGUCACACAUACUCAUUAUGCAAUAUGGCACUUUUUUUCUUACAGGUGUAUUUGGCUGGAUAGUGUAAUGGCUUGCACUGUUACUAUGCUUCUUCUACAAGCAAGCACUGUGGAACUUUGCUAAUGUGUUGAUAUAACCAAUGGUUUGUAAAACUGCCUUUUUGUCCAAGUGCUUUAGAAAGCGUGAUACAAGAAGUAGUCAUUUUUAUUUUGUGUGUGUGUGUGUUUGCUUAGUCAUCCAGUCUUGUGGAUUUUUUAUUUUUUAUUUUCUAAACAGCUUCAUUUGUUUCAAGAUCUGUCGACUUUGUCUCCUCCGCACUAAGACUUCAGAUGUCUUCCUCAUUCACAUGUCAAACCUUCUCUACCAUUUCACUGUUGAUUCUCAUUUUCAUGGGAGCUGUACUCCUUGGAGUGAAUGCAAUGCUUUGGAGUUUUUGUACACAUUUCUUCCUCAGAGGUUCGAUCAGUUGAUCGUUUUUGGUUGCUGCUGGCAGUAACCACGAACACAUGGACUGUUUAACAACACAUACAAUAUAUUUGUUUUCUAACGUCUUCAAAUGGAAAUAUUUACUCCCAUCUCCGCUCAACAGAUGGGAGUGUCUCCUCACACAGACUCAAAGCUAUAAUAUCACAAUAAGAACAUACCUCACUUAUGUUUUUUAUCGGUGUCUUUACAAAAAUCCAUCCAACCUGUCUUUCAGAAAGUCCUAUAAAGCCAUUGAGCCUUGGAUUUCAGAAAUAAGUUUUUAUCAGCUAGAUGGUCUGCUAUGUACCCAUGUCCUUAUCUUGUCUUUAUAUGCAACAUCACUACUACCUGUGUAGCAACAGAAUUUCCUUUUCCCUGCCUCAGUGAACUUCUGUUGUUAAUAGACAGUAGCAAAUUAAUCUCUGGGAUGAAUCCAGCCCGUCGGGAGUUUUAGUUAUCAAGGGACAGACUCACGGAGGCUUAAAAGGGUAUUAAAAUGUAAAAAAAAAAUGCCUGUAGACUGUCACUUCACUGCAGAUUUCAAUUGAAAGAGCUCAGUCCAAAUCGAUUUGUUCAUAUCACUGAAUGUGGCUUGAUGACGGACGAGCGUCGUCCACUUUGGAUUUCAUUUUUGCUGCCUCGCCGAGAAAGAAAAUUGUCACCACACUAAUUCAGAUAUGCACAUUGUACAGAAAUGGAUGUUUUUUUUAAAUUGAUGCCUAAUUUUUACAUUAAUGUAAUUUUUAAAAAAAGAUCCUCUUAUCAAAGCUUUAGUUAAGGUAAAUAGGAGGAACUGUGGAACUAAAUAAUUGCUGCAACAAGCUGUUUUGAUAUUUAUAUUCUCAGGUGUCUAAAAUUUUGAGCAUUGGAGUUUCAAUAUUUCCAGUUCAACACCUAAGUACAAGCAUGUUUUAUUUCUUUUGUUAUGCUGAUUAAUUUAUUCCAAAAAAAAUUGUAUCAUUUGUGUGGUUUAAUUAUUCUUUUCAUAACUCAUUUUGUGAUAUGGAACAAUACUAAUAUUAAAUGGUUCCAUUGUUUGCUUGACAUGAGAAUACCAGUGCUUUUUUUAAGAAUAAAAAUCCUUAAGUUG